GGAUUAGACGAAAAAAAUUAUCAAUGAUGAUGAAGUUUUUUACGCUAUUGCUUUGCUUGGUAUCUUAUUUUGGCUGUGUGCAAGGUUUGUAUAGACCAGUUGUAUUAUGGCAUGGAAUGGGUGAUACUUGCUGCGGUAAAGAAAGUAUGAUGAAAGUUCAACAAGUGAUUAAAGACUUAUUACCUGGAAUCUAUACUUAUUCUAUUAUGUUGGGUGAUGAUGAAAAUCAAGAUAAAAAGCUUAGUUACUUUGGAAAUAUUAAUGAUCAGGUGGAACAAGUUUGUCAAACUUUGAAAAAUGAUGAGAAUUUGAAGGAUGGUUUUAAUGCUAUCGGGUUCUCUCAGGGAGGUCAAUUUCUUCGUGCAUAUGUACAACGAUGCAAUGAUCCACCAGUACACAAUUUAAUAACAUUCGGAUCUCAACAUUCUGGUGUAUCGGAUAUACCAGGUUGUUCAAAUAAUGAUAGAUUAUGUCAGUUAAUGAGAACGAUUGCGCGUCGUGGUGCUUAUUCAAAUUAUGCUCGUUCUCAUAUUGUACAAGCCCAAUAUUAUAAAGAUCCACAACAUUUGGAUACUUAUUUACAACAAAAUAUCUUUUUACCCGAUAUUAAUAAUGAACUUGAUAAUAAAAAUGAAACUUAUAAGACGAAUUUGAAAUCUUUGAAUAAGCUUGUUUUAAUUAGAUUCACUGAAGAUAUUACAGUUAUACCUAAAGAAACCGCGUGGUUUUCUUUUUAUAAUUCAGAAGGAGUUUUAUUGACUCUUCAUGAACAACCUCUUUAUAAUGAAGAUUGGAUAGGUUUAAAAGAUUUAGAUGAAAACGGUAAAUUAGAAUUUAGAGAUUGUGAGGGUGCUCAUAUGCAAAUAUCUAUAGAAUAUCUUCAAGAAGAAAUUAUUAUACCUUAUUUAAGUUUUGAUAUUAGUGGUGAAAUAAAUAGCAAUCUCUAUGAUAAUAUUUUUGAGCAAGCUCGAAAGAAAUUAAGUUUAAAUAUUCAAGAAUAACCUAAAUUAUCAUCCAAGUUCAUAUAUAGUAACAAUAUAUUGGUACACUGUUUGAUUGGAAUUUUGGGAUCAAAUAAUUAUUAUAUUUUAUAAUAAUCUUAUGUAUUUAUUUUAAUUAGCAUAUACUCAAAACAUUGAAAUAUACAUUAUAUUUUACGAAUUAAACAAUAUUGAAAAUAUAAUCCCCUGUCGCACUAAGUG